CAGUGUUUAUUAUUUAUUUAUUUUUUAAUGUAGAAUUACUUCUUGAUAUACUGGUGCCCGUGCAAAGCAGGCAGUACAUUUGUGAAACGCGUUUUUCUCUCCUGCCAUAUUCGAAAGGUUUGUCCUUGCAUGCUCUCCGUUAUUGUGAAAGGCUACCGUACAACGGAAGUGUCCAUGAGCGUUCUGUGCACCUACUUCAUUUAAUAUGUUCACGUAACAAAACAAUCGAAAGAAGGGGAGUUUUACCUUAAAAAGCUUUGCUUUUCCGGAUAUUCACGUCAGUUUCUGAACCAGGCUGGAGUUCAGUAUUUGCUUAGACGGUUAAUGUUUGUAAAUUACUGCCCUGGAUAGAACAAAAUAGAUCAACUCGCGAGCCAACGUUAACUUGGCUGAUUAGCUUUGCGCCAAACGAAAACAAUUUAUUAUAUUUCUGUUGGCUUGGCUGACUCUGCAGAAUCCAAUGGCUAACGAACGCCUUCGUGCUUUGGAGGAUGUCGAGAAAGAGAUUGCAAUCAUUCUUCAUUGUGCAGGAACUAUUGUUCUGGAGUUGUCAAAGGACAAGCACAAUUCAGGCCUCAUCGACCGACAGCUCAAUCAAUUCACAGCAUCCGUCAACAGAGUGGAGAACGAGCUGAGCUCUCAAAUUCGCUACCUCACACAGGUCGCUACCGGUCAGCCGCACGAAGGCUCGACGUACUCUGCCCGCAAGGACUGCCAGAUGGCGCUAAACAGAGCCGAGUACACACGCAUGAAGCUGGGGGAACUGGCCCGCACUUGCGAGAUCAUGCUGGACCCGCAGACCUGAUGUUUUUGUGUGUGUGUAGCCAAGUAGGAAUAAAGGGUGUUCCAGCCCGAAACACAGAACUACAUACAGC